AAAUCUCAACAGCUGCAUAAACAAGUGGAGCAGAUACAGAUCAGGAGACCAAGCUCCUACCCUGUGCCAUUAACCCUUCACCCUGCCUGCCAGGGCAUCACCCAGCACCACACAUGGGUACAGCAGCCCAGGAGUGACAUGGGAAUAUAAUGCAUAUUGUGGUACUGGCCGCAUUGGGCAUCUUUACUGGGAAAACUCUGCAUCUGUUCAGAAGGGAAGAGAAGGAUUUAGCAGCAGUGACGGAGGUGUCAUUAGACUGUAUAUCAUGAUCAGCAGAUAGCGCCAUACACGAGGACCAUGGCUCUCCGCAAGAGGAGUCGUCAUGCAUUGGGUUUCCUGUGCUGCUUUGGGAGCAGCGAACACCCGGAAAUUAACCUCAAGGACAAUAAUCCCCUCCAGUUUUUGGAGUUCUCAGGGCCGAUACCAUCUCCGGAAGAGCUGAACGCCAGGUUCUCCGAGCUUGUGGAUGAGCUGGAUCUCACAGACAAGAACCGGGAGGCCAUGUUUGCCCUCCCCCCAGAGAAGAAGUGGCAGAUUUACUGCAGCAAGAAGAAGGAACAAGAGGAUCCGAAUAAACUGGCGACCAGCUGGCCCGACUAUUACAUCGACAGGAUCAACUCCAUGGCCGCCAUGCAGACGGUUUACGCCUUUGAUGAGGAAGAUACAGAGACGAGGAAUAAAAUUGUAGAAGACUUGAAGACGGCGCUCCGGACCCAACCGAUGAGGUUUGUCACCAGGUUCAUAGAGCUGGAUGGUUUGACUUGCCUCUUGAAUUUCCUGAAGAGCAUGGAUUACGACACAGCGGAGAGCCGCAUACACACAUCCGUUAUAGGAUGCAUGAAGGCUCUGAUGAACAACUCCCAGGGACGGGCGCACGUUUUGGCGCAUCCUGAGUGCAUCAAUAUCAUCUCCCACAGUUUACGGACUGAGAACAUCAAAACCAAGAUCGCCGUUCUGGAGAUCCUGGGCGCCGUCUGCCUGGUACCGGACGGGCAUAAGAAAGUCCUGCAAGCCAUGCUCCACUACCAGGUGUACGCUGCCGAACGCACCAGGUUUCAGACCCUGCUGAAUGAGCUAGACAGGAGUAUGGGGAGGUAUCGAGACGAAGUGAACCUGAAAACCGCCAUCAUGUCCUUCAUCAAUGCCGUCCUCAACGCCGGCGCUGGAGAGGAUAAUCUUGAAUUCCGGUUGCAUCUUAGAUAUGAGUUCCUUAUGUUGGGGAUCCAGCCAGUUAUUGACAAGCUGAGACAACAUGAAAAUGCCACCCUAGACAGACAUCUGGACUUCUUUGAGAUGGUGAGGAACGAGGACGAGGUAGAGCUGGCCAAGAGGUUUGACACAGAUCACAUCGAUACCAAAAGUGCAACAGAGAUGUUUGAGUUGAUAAAGAAGAAGCUGAAGCACACGGACGGAUAUCCCUACCUGUUGUCCAUCCUCCAGCACUGCCUCCAGAUGCCGUACAAGCGUAAUGGCAGCAACCUGCAGCAGUGGCAGCUCCUGGACCGGAUCCUACAGCAGAUCGUCCUCCAAGAUGAGAAAGGUGAAGAUCCCGACGUGACUGUUCUGGAGAACUUCAGUGUCAAGAACAUCAUUAAGAUGCUAGUGAAUGAGAAUGAAGUCAAGCAAUGGAGAGAACAAGCGGAGAAAUUUAGAAAAGAACACGUGGAACUGGCCAGUCGGCUCGAGAAGAGAGAGCGGGAAUGUGAAACGAAGACGCAGGAGAAGGAGGACAUGAUGAAGACCUUGAACAAGAUGAAGGACAAGCUGCAGAAGGAGUCGUCCGAGCUGCGUCUGGCCAAAGAUCAGAUGGCGGAGCUGAUGUCUCAGCUGAACGAGCACUCGACCGGUGGUCCGAUAUCCUACCCUCUUCCUCCACCACCACCUCCUGGUGGUCCUAUGUCUCUUCCACCACCUUUACCGGAGUAUUUGCCGCCUCCACCACCGCCGCUGCAGUCAUUCUCUUGUUUCCCCCCGGCCCCUCCGCCUCCACCACCGCCUGGGGGACCACCGCCACCUCCCGGAGCUCCUCCAUUCUUUGGGAUGGGCAUGCAGGCACCACCUCUCCACUCCUUUACCUGUGGAACAAACUCGAGGAAGAAAUCCAUUCCACAACCAUCGCACCCACUGAAGUCCUUUAACUGGUCCAAACUGAAUGAGGACAAAAUCAGUGGAACAAUCUGGAAUGAUAUUGACGACGUCCGAGCCUUUAAAAUUUUGGAUCUAGAAGAAUUUGAGAGAAUGUUCUCAGCUUAUCAGAGACACCAGGACCUGCUAACUAACACCUCUCUGAAACAGAAAGAGGUUGAUUCCAUGGAGGAUCUCUACCUGUCCAGCCGCAAGGUGAAGGAGCUAUCCGUGAUUGAUGGGCGCAGGGCGCAGAAUUGUGUCAUCCUUCUCUCCAAACUCAAGUUGUCCAACGAGGAGAUUAAGAAAGCCAUUAUGGAGAUGGAUGAGCAAGAAGAUCUCCCUAAAGAUAUGCUGGAGCAGCUCUUGAAGUUCAUCCCUGAGAAGAGCGACAUUGACCUGCUGGAGGAACACAAACACGAGAUUGACCGCAUGGCACGGGCUGACCGCUUCUUGUAUGAGAUGAGCAGGAUCGACCACUAUCAGCAGCGGCUGCAGGCUUUGUUUUUCAAGAAGAAGUUCCCAGAGCGAUUAGCGGAGGCGAAGCCUAAGGUUGAAGCCCUGCUCCUGGCGUGCAAGGAACUGACCCGAAGCAGACGAUUAAAGCAGCUUUUUGAAGUCGUCUUGGCCUUCGGAAACUACAUGAAUAAAGGCCAGAGAGGAAACGCGUUUGGCUUCAAAGUUGCGAGUCUGAAUAAGAUCAUUGAUACCAAAUCCAGUAUAGACAGGAACAUCACCCUCUUGCACUACCUAAUUAUGAUAUUUGAGAAGACGUACCCCGACAUCCUCAACAUCCAGGGGGAACUCGAGCACCUCUCCGAGGCAGCUAAAGUCAACUUGGUCGAGUUGGAGAAGGAAGUGCACAAUAUAAAGACCGGACUGAGGGCCGUGGAGUCGGAACUGGAGUAUCAGAAGCGCCACUACAGGAAUCCCGAGGACCAUUUUGUGUCAGUAAUGAGUGACUUCAUCACGGUGGCCAGCUUCAGCUUCUCGGAGGUCGAGGACCUGCUGAGUGAGGCCCGAGAUAAGUUCGCCAAAGCAAUGAAACAUUUUGGAGAAUCGGAGGGUAAAAUGCAGCCGGAUGAGUUUUUUGGCAUCUUUAAUCUUUUUCUGCAGUCAUUUUCUGAGGCCAAGCAAGAUCUGGAGAAUAUGAGAAAGAAGAAGGAGGAGGAAGAACGAAGGGCUCGGAUGGAAGCCAUGCUUAAGGAGCAACGUGAGAAGGAGCGGCGACUUAAGAAGGCCAAAGCCGGCAGUAUAUCGGAAGAAGGCGGCGAGUUUGAUGAUCUGGUGUCAGCAUUAAGAUCGGGGGAAGUUUUUGAUAAGGACAUAUCCAAACUUAAGAGGAAUCGGAAACGUUCCGGUAACCAAAUUCUGGACACUAGCAGAGAGAGGGCAGUGACGAAGCUAAAUUGUUAGGAUCAGACAUAGAGACGUUGCAGCGUGGACCAUAGUGCGUGGGUGAUGAGUCAAGGUCACCGGAAACUGCCCUGCAGAACUAAAGAACUUCACCUCUGUGUGACCAAGAUCAUUCCCACCAUAGCUUGAGCAUCAAGCUCUUCAAAGUGCCUCAGUGGAGAAACGCAGUGGACCAGGUCCAUGUCUAUGAGACCUGCAGGAGAACGUGCCGCAGUCACGCUUUACAAGUGCCAAAUAUUUUAAUUAUUUUUGCACUGUCUAAAUCUUUGGUAUUUUGUACAGUAUCUACCCUAAGGAUUCAAGCUCUCCAAAAACAUUACACCCACAGAUAGACGAUGAUAGGAACAUUCUGUGGCCAAUAAUAGAUGUAAAUAGAAAAUUCCAGGUACGGAAUUUAAAGUAAAAAUUCUUACAUUUUCUUUUUAGAUUUAACGGUAACAUUUCAGCUGCAAGUAAUAGUAUCAGAGCCCCCCCCUUCUACUCUACGGUCAUGUACGGGACCUCGCACAAACGUACUCUUUGUAAUUCCAGGACCUUCUCCAAAAUCUCAAAACCACUGUACGAUAGCAACAUGUUGUGCACUUUUUACCUUUUUCAUGUGUUGCCAUGGUUAGUAUUGGCUUCGAGAACGCUGAAAAGUUUCAGCUGUCUCAACAAAAGCACAAACAUUUCGUAACCGAAAAAUAGGGGGGAGAAAAGGACGCGUCAUCAGGUUCUGGAACCCAACCUUAUCACUGCCAAAAACAUGGGAGAUAUACUUUGUCAGACACAUGAAAGAGCCAAAAAUAGUCAUGUUCUAGCGCAUCAAAAUGUAGAUUUUUUUUUUAUAGGAAUGAGAAGAGAACUGGCAGGUACACAAGUCAUGGGAUUUAAGGUCUUACUCUUGGUCAUAAAGUUAGACUUUACUUAACCUCAAGUUUCAAAAACUUGGGACAACAAUGGAAGAGUGAGGUUGAAUGCAGAACAUAUGUGUACUGUCCAGAAUCUAGAACCAUUGGUGGUGGCUAAGAAUUUAGAAAUGUAGAGCAGUGGUCGUCGUGGGUCUUCUAGCUUAUGGUGGUAACCCUGUAAAUCAUCUAUGGACCAGCAAUGGAAACAUCUUGGACAAUGUAUAGCAGGAAGGACCUCAUAACACGCAAAUAUUAUUUAUGGAACAAACCCUGAAUCAGUGAAUAGAAACAUAUAACAUCUAAAUGUUCUCAAGCAAAUGCACACCAAUGGAGAUGUAUUGUCUUCAACACUUUCUUCAUCAUGUGACGGUAGGCUUCGAUCUACUUGAGAGUUGGUACAGCCUUCUAAAAUUUUUGUCUCAUCUUGGGGAAAAAUCUUUUUGAGAUGUCUUGGACCACUUGUGGAAAGAAGAACCAUGGCACAUGUCAACUUUACAGUCAACCUUGAAUGUAUCGAAGACUUGGUCUACUGGGGAGAUGAAACAAUGGUUACUAUUUUGAGGUUGGACCAUGCAGGAAUGGAGACCUUUUGUCUUCGGUUAUCAGUGGAUAAUUUGCACAUGUAUUCUGCCUACCGCUGGUCGUAGUUGUGGGUCUACUGCAUCCCAAAGCUGUAUCUUCUUAUCAUGUCUGGCACAACCCUUUCCAGAUCAAGACUUCUCAUAGGCUUCCCCAAUGAAAAGUGGUCGGCACGGUGGUCCUUCAGUCUCCAUGACCCAAGUCACUUCUGUAGAAAUGAAGCACUUAUCCUGGAGUGUUCCUGAGGACCUUGGUACCUUCUGCGGCAAUAAUAUAUAUCUAUGUGGCAUGAUGACUGGUUUUGUUGUAAGUUUCCUUUUUUACUGAGUUGUCGACAUAUAAAAGGGAAGUGACUGAAGAUGGAAAAUAUCUGGAGCCGCACAUUAAAUUCUGUAGCUGCUUUUAUACGUCAUAGGACACGCCAUGAAAGUACUAGGCCGUACCAAAACCAAAUAGUGGCUUCACAAUGAAAUUUAUGGCACCAGGUUUUCUGUAGGCAUCAUUGACGGUGACAGGAGGCAAUAUUAACCCCUCCGCCAAUAAGAGGGAGAUUUGAUACAUUGUUUAAUCCAAGACAACGAUUUUGAUACAUUAAAUGAUACAACGUGUCACAUGAUGCAGCUGAUAGUAGAAGACAAAAUAGGGGGAUGGGAAUGUUAUGUCGCCAGUGAUUAAACUAUAAUCCGAGUAUAAUGAAAAGUUCUACAACUUUCCAGUGUACUUUAUGCUGCAAUGCCUUAUCAUUUUCAAGACUACUGCUUGUUGUCAGUGAAAAAGAGAUUGUUUGUUGAAAUCCUGAGGGUUUGUUACAAUAUUUCCAGCCUGUGCAAUCCUGCAGGACUAUGCAGUUUACCUUUGUGAUGUGAUUAGGUGGAUCUAAUUGUGACAAACCCUCAGCUGUGAGAGUCGAGACCGGUGAUGUACACGGCUGCAGUCCCCAGGGGUAGAAUGUACAGUAUUCUGGACUGCAGCUAGACGGGCGAAACUACAAAAUCUUGUCCAUAGUCCUUUCCUACAAGUAUUAGCUCUGGACGAGUAGUCACCCUCUGAAUGCAAACAAGAUUGUUCUCAUUCCCUGACAGCAAGCAGUGGUAAGGAGCAUGAUUUAGAAUUGAAAGUUGUGUUUUGUUUUUUUUUGUUUUUUUUUAGAAAGUUGCAGUACUUUUUCUUUCCAUGAGACUGGACAGGUCUAGGAGAUGACUGGCCACCAUAUGAGGAUGACUGGUGGAGAGCCCCUUUAAGGGGAUGGUUGGCUGUAGUCAUGUACCCGUGAUACGAGGAGUAGGCUGAGCCAGUGAUGGAGAGAGCAGGUUAUGGAUGCAUCCUCCGUUGUUUUCUAGGCUCCUCUCUUGGGCCCUGCUUGUCUUAGGCCUCCUGCACACGAACGUGCUGCGGGCCGCAAUGCAUGAACACCGACCGUGGGGCAGCCGCAGCGGAUCGCGGACCCAUCGCGGUCUGCAAUACGGCAACAUGGCAGCACACGUUCGUGUGCAGGAGGCCUUAUAUGUAUGUAGACGUAGACUGUAGGUCUUGUGUAUGUCGAUCUGUGCGAUGUCUGGAGAUGGAUCCUGUGGGGGCCAUGUUACAGCACGUGACCGUCAGACCCGACUCACUGAGAGCCGCUCCAUUAUAUGAGCCGCUUAUCACCUGUCAUGCCGCUGAUCCCUGUUCCUUUUACCAAACAGUAUUGAGACCCUGAGCAAGUGUGUCAGAGACUAUGAGGUCUUUGUGUAAGGCCUCUUGCACACGACCUGUAUGGAUUUAUCAGUAUUUUGCGGUCCGCAAAAAACAGAUCCGCAAAUAAUACAAAUGACGUCCGUGUGCAUUCUGUUUUUUUCCGGAACGGAACAGC